AUGAAGGUGCCUCAGGAAGGGAAGCCCCUCUGCUGCUACGACUGUCUUCUGUGUCCUGAAGGAACCAUCUCCACCAUGAAAGACACAGAACAAUGCAGCAAAUGUCCAGCAGAUCAACAUCCAAACAAUAACCGAGAUAGCUGCAUCCCCAAGAUCAAGACUUUUCUAUCCUAUCAAGAAAAAUUGGGGGCCAUCUUGAUGUCCAUUGCCCUGUUCCUCUCUUUCAUCACAUCUUUUGUCUUGGGGGUUUUCUUUAAAUUCCAGGAAACUCCCAUACUCAAAGCUAACAAUAGGGAUCUCUCUUAUAUCCUCCUGGUUUGUCUCCUGCUUUCCUUCUUCACCUCCUUCUUGUUCAUUGGCCAGCCAAGGAGAGUCACCUGCCUUCUUCGACAAACAGCAUUCACCAUCAUCUUCUCUGCUGCCAUUUCUUCAGUUUUGGCUAAAACCAUCACAGUGGUGCUGGCUUUCUUGGCCACAAAACCAGGGAAUAAUGUGCAAAGAUGGCUGGGGAAAAGUUUGGCCAACUCUAUCAUCCUUUCUUGCUCUGGUCUCCAAGUUCUUCUCUGCAGCAUCUGGUUGGGCAGUUUCCCACCCUUCCCUGAAUCUGACAUGCACUCACAAUCUGGAGAAAUCAUUCUACAGUGCAAUGAAGGCUCUGUCAACAUGUUUUUUGCAGCCCUUGGUUAUAUGGGCUUCCUGUCCACCAUUUGCUUCACAGUGGCUUUCCUGGCCAGGAAUCUCCCUGGGGCCUUCAAUGAAGCCAAGCUUAUUACCGUCAGCAUGCUGGUCUUCUGCAGUGUCUGGGUGUCCUUCAUCCCCACAUACCUGAGCACCAAAGGGAAGUACAUGGUGGCUGUGCAAAUCUUCUCCAUCUUGCCCUCCAGUGCAGGACUUCUUGGAUGCAUCUUCAUGCCCAAGUGUUUCAUUAUUUUCCUAAGACCAGAUCUGAAUACAAAAGAAUAUGUGAUGUCAAAAUAA